AUGACGACCGACACUCCCGCGUGGAAGGCGCUCCAGGAGCACUACGACACCAAGGCGUCCAAGUGGCAGAUGCGCGAUCUGUUCCAGGCCGACCCUGCGCGCUUUGAGACGUUCUCGCGCGUGCUGAAGCAGGGCGGCAACAACGAGAACGGCGAUUUCCUGCUCGACUUUUCAAAGAACGUUAUCACGGACGAGACCUUCAAGCUGCUGCUUGCACUGGCUCGCGAGCGCGGCGUUGAGCAGAUGCGCGACAAGAUGUUCAAGGGCGACAAGAUCAACAUCACCGAAGAUCGCGCUGUGCUGCACAUUGCACUGCGCAACCGCUCCAACAAGCCCAUUCUGGUCGACGGCGUGGACGUCAUGCCAGAGGUCAACGACGUCCUCAAGCGCAUGCGCGUCUUUGUCGACAAGGUCCGCUCGGGCGAGUGGAAGGGCUUCACUGGCAAGGCGAUUACUGAUGUUGUCAACAUCGGCAUCGGCGGUUCUGAUCUGGGCCCCGUGAUGGCCACCGAGGCACUCAAGUCGUACUCGUCGCAUUUGAACGUGCAUUUCGUCUCCAACAUUGACGGCACCCACCUUGCCGAAGCCACCAAGCGCCUCAACCCCGAGACCACGAUCUUUGUGAUUGCAUCCAAGACGUUCACUACGCUUGAGACCAUCACGAACGCCAACUCGGCGAAGGAGUGGAUUCUCGCCGCCGCCAAAGAUGUGUCGGCUGUCGCCAAGCACUUUGUUGCCCUGUCCACUGCUCGCCCGCUGGUCGAGAAGUUUGGCAUUGACGCAAACAACAUGUUCCCGUUCUGGGACUGGGUUGGCGGUCGCUACUCGCUGUGGUCGGCCAUUGGCAUUACCAUUGCUCUCUACAUUGGCAUGGAUGGCUUUGAAGAGCUGCUCGCUGGUGCGCACGAGAUGGACAACCACUUUGCCACUGCCCCGCUGGAGCAGAACCUGCCCGUCAUUCUUGGUCUGCUGGGCGUCUGGUACAACAACUUUUUCGGUGCCCAAACACACGCUAUUCUGCCCUACGACCAGUACAUGCACCGCUUUGCGGCGUACUUCCAACAGGGAGACAUGGAGUCGAACGGCAAGUCAGUCACGCGCGACGGCAAGGCAGUCAAGACCUCCACCGGCCCGAUCGUCUGGGGUGAGCCAGGCACGAAUGGUCAGCAUGCCUUCUACCAGCUGAUCCACCAAGGCACCAAGGUCAUCCCGGCCGACUUUAUUGCCCCCGUCGAGUCGCAAAACCCGAUUGCCAACAACCUUCACCAUGUCAUUCUGCUGGCCAACUUUUUCGCCCAGACUGAGGCCUUGAUGAAGGGCAAGACCUCGGACGAAGCUCGCAAGGAGCUGGUGGCCGAAAAGCUCAGCGGCGACAAGCUCGAAGCGCUGCUGCCGCACAAGGUGUUUGCCGGCAAUCGCCCCACCAACUCGAUCAUGUUCCAAAAGCUCACCCCGCACACGCUCGGUCUGCUGCUGGCGCUGUACGAGCACAAGAUCUUCACCCAGGGCAUCAUCUGGAACAUUAACUCGUUCGAUCAGUGGGGUGUCGAGCUCGGCAAGCAGCUCGCCAAGGUCAUCCAGCCCGAGCUCACUGCCGCCGGUGCCGUUUCCUCGCACGAUGCCUCUACCAACGGUCUGAUCAACUUUUUCAAGACGCAUGCUCGCAAGUAA